CAACCAUCACACACACACACACCACAGUCAACACCUUCUCCUCGCUGCUGCUCCUUGUGCGCUGCUGCCUGGCCUCUGGCUCAGUUGCUGUUCUGAUGGUGGUGGAGUCAGCUGCUCUCAUACCCCAGUGCUCCGUCGAGUCGCCAUUUUAAUUCUUUUUUUCAAAAAUAACCCAACUCCAUUUUUAACUUGAAAACUUUGGACAUUUCGAUCGAACAUGAACAAACGGUCGACUCUCGUCUGACCUUGGUUUAUUUAAAUUUAUCUAGUUUUAUGCAAAUUUCGAUUGAAAAAGUGUGAAAAGUGCGAAAUUUUGGUGGUUCGGUGAUUUUCUGGGAAGAGAAUCGAGUGAUUCAGUGUCGUGUGGUUGUUUGUUUUUAGUCGAGAGUGUGAAAGUAAAUUAAAUUGUGCCGCAGUGGGUCGUGAUUGUGCGACUUAGCUGACGAGCCCGCCCAGCUGCACGCUGCAUAGCCUCGCGCUCCAAAUGCGUUUCGACCAGGGCGAGCAAGUCAAUCAGCUGUUCUCGCAAUCCGAGAUGGCUUUCCAUCCGUUCCUGUUGCAGCAACAACAGCACCACCAUCACCACCUCUCCCAUCAGCCGAGCCAAACGACGACGGCGGGCGGCAGUGCCUCAGCGGCCGCCAACGGAGGAGCCACCACUUCCGGCAGUGGACGGCCGUCGUCCGACUUUAGCGUCAGCUCACUCCUGACGGCCUCCCAACAACAACAACAUCACCAGUUUAGUGAGCGGAACAAUGGUGGUGGUUCAAACAUGGCUGGAUCGCCUUCCAGCAAUUCCAUGCAAUCGGCAGCCGUGGCCGCUUUGGCCGCAGCGGCCGCCGCCCACGCCGCCCUACGCGGCUCCCAUUCGCCGCCGUCGGCCAACAACAACAACAAUAGCGUCAAUUCGUCGUCGUCGUCAUCGGCGGCGGCCUCGAGUUCUCCCGCUGGAUCGGGAGCCAUAGGCCCGUCUUCGAUCCCCAAUCCCGUCAGCGUCAGUAUGGCCCAGCUGUCGGCCUACAACGCCGCCACUUCGUCACUUCUGGCCGCCCAUCCGGCCUCGGUCCGUUUCCCGCAUCCCUACACGACGGCCGAGGACGUUCUGGCCUCGGCGGCAGCGGCCGCCGCCGCCCACGCCCUCCGGCCGCUCCGCACUUUGCCGGCGGCCGAAGACGACGGCGUCACCGACGACCCUAAAGUCAGUCUCGAAUCCAAAGAUUUGUGGGAAAAAUUUCACGGACUCGGCACCGAAAUGGUCAUCACCAAAUCCGGCAGGCAAAUGUUUCCGCAAAUGAAGUUCCGCGUCUCUGGACUCGAUCCCAAAUCCAAGUACAUUCUCCUGCUGGACAUUGUGGCUGCCGACGACUACCGAUACAAAUUCCACAACAGUCGCUGGAUGGUGGCCGGAAAAGCCGAUCCUGAAAUGCCCAAACGGAUGUACAUUCAUCCCGACAGUCCGGCAACUGGCGAGCAGUGGAUGCAGAAAGUCGUUUCCUUCCACAAACUGAAAUUGACCAACAACAUCUCGGACAAGCACGGCUUCCAGACGAUAUUGAAUUCGAUGCACAAGUACCAGCCGCGAUUUCAUCUGGUGCGGGCCAACGACAUCCUCAAGCUGCCCUACAGCACGUUUCGCACUUAUGUCUUCAAGGAGACGGAAUUCAUCGCCGUCACGGCUUAUCAAAAUGAAAAGAUCACGCAAUUGAAAAUCGAUAACAACCCGUUCGCCAAAGGAUUCCGCGACACGGGGGCCGGCAAGCGUGAAAAAAACAGGCAGGCCAUGCUGGCGGCAUCUCAACGGCAUCACGACGAUCCUUCCGGCCACAAACAUCAUCACCACCACUCGUCGGGCGGCGGAGGUGUCGGCGUGGGCAGCGGCGGACUGCACGGACACCAUCACGGCCACCACCACCACCACGGCGGACACCACCACGGCCACCACGUCGGUCAUCACGGUCUGGGCGGAUUGGGCGUCGGCGUUGGGGCCGGCGGAGUCUCCAUGUCGUGUUCUCCGGCUCCCGAUUCCAGUCAAGAUGGCGUCCACGAUUUGGACGAUGAGAAACUGGACGUGGUGGGCACCAGCGACGGACGAGACGGCGCAUCUCCACUUCACAUCUCUGACGAUGCCAGCAUGUCGGAGGAUAUGAGCCGGACGGGAACUCCGUCGCACCACCACGGCGACUCGGAUUCGGACGGCAACAACGACCACCACCCACACCAUCCGCACCAUCCGUCGGCGUCGUCGCUGCACCACCAGCUCCACAACCACCACCUCAACAGUCUUCAUCCGCACCACAAUCACAGCCUGCAGCAUCACUUGCUGGUCCAGCAACAGAUGCAACAGAUGCAGCAGAGGAGUCGGGAGAGUCACCUCAACAACCAGAGGGUCUCCUCAUCGGCCGGCAAUCACCACGGAUCCUCGUCGGCUCUCAGCGGACAGCACAGCGCCGGAAGCGGAAGUGGCGGGCCGGGCAACGCCAUGCUGUCGCCCGGAUCGGUGGCCGCUGCAGCGGCGGCAGCGGCGGCUGCCCAGCAGAUCCACUCGGCUCUGGCCAAUUCCGGCGGGGCUGGCGGAUUACUUUCGUCCGUCCAUCCGAGCACGGUCAGUUUGGGACCACCUCUACCUCCCCCACCUCAUUUGCUCCCUUACCUCUACCCGGGUGCUGGAUUGUAUCCGGGUGGGCCAUCACUCCACCAGCUGAGUCAGUUCCUCAAUCACGCUCACGGCCACGGAAUGAAUCACGGUCCGCACGGCCCGUCUGGUCCGUCCGGUCACGCCAUGGCCGGCUUGGCGGCUGCCGCCGCAUCUGCGCACAUGGGCGCUCACAUGGCCGGCCACAAUUUGCUGCUGAACGCCCAGUUGGCUCUGGCCGCCCAGCACCAGCUCUUCCAUCCGCACGCCUAUCAGAAUCUCUCGGCCGCCAUUGCCGCUCACUCGGCCGCCACCAACGCGGCGGCCGCAGCCGGCCAAGCUCCUCCGCCGUCGUCACUCCCUUCCUCUGGCCAUCCCUUGUCUCAGCCUCCUCCUCCUUCUCUUCCGUUGGCGCCGGUCCUGCCCGUCACCACUCCCCUGUCGUCCUCGACGACGCCUCCUUCCAGCGGCGGCGGUGGUGGCGAAGGCGGCCAGCGUCACAGAGGCCAGCACCGCUUCGCCCCGUACAGUCUCCAGCUGGGCAGCAGUACAAGUCCGCCGACGGGCCAGUCGAAAUCCCUGACGGGAUUGUCUUCGCUGGGCUCGUCGGCCUUUGACGCCGUCAGCCCCAAAGGAUCCAGCAGCCCCAAAGGAUCGCCACCGCCGCAUCACCACCGAUCGCCGUCGCCGACGCCAUCGUCCGUCUCGUCGACGGUCAGCAGCAGCACGGCCAGCAACGCCGGCGGCGGCGGCCCAACCUCGGCCAGCGAUCUGAAGAACAUGGAGAAAAUGAUCAACGGAUUGGAAAUGGCCAAGGGAAUGAUCGCCGCCGGAGCGGAAUCCAACGCUUCGAUCGACGAUCCCAAGUAGAAAAUCUUUUCAGUUUUUUACUCCCUGUAUUAUUAAUUUAAAUGAUGUUUUGACACCAUUUUAUUAUUUAAUUGAAUCUCUUUUUGUGCGUGUGUGUGUGUGUGGUGGGUGUUUUUAAUUUUUAAUUCUUUUGGGUUUUUUUAAAUUUCAUCAAUUCAUACGGCACAAUAUUCCGAGCCGAUUUUUAAAAAUGGCGAGGAUGAAAAUGAUUCUUAUGUGAAUAAUUUCGAACAAAAAACAUUCGAUUACAUCUAUUUGUUUAGGCCUCACAACACACACAACACACACACAAACAAACAAACAUCUUCGAAACCAAAGAGAAUCAAAAACGGAAGGUGAAAUCCUCACCGGCCGUUGGAUUUCUUUCACCUUCUCCUCUCACGAUUGUGCGGUGUCACGAUUCCGCUAGUGUGCUACUAAAUUGUUUUUGUUUUUUUCAAUCUUAAACGAGUUUGUCCAGAGAAUUUGUCACGUUUUCCCCCAAUUUUUCGGUUUGAAAUUUCACACGCCACCCUAACCCGUUCUAGUAUAAAUAAUUAACUCCCGGGUCAAAUUUAAUUAAAAAUGGAAAACACACAAAAAAAAUUUAAUUGUAAUUGUUGUUUUGGGCUGGAAAAAUAUUUCAAAUUACGUGUGCAAAAGUGAGUGUGAUCCCGCAGGACAAAAAAAGAAACCCCGUUCGUGUGCCAAUGAGUUUGAAAAAGAAGAUUCCUCUCGAGUUAAAUUAGCAACUACACACAAACACACACACACACACAGUGGACACGUUGAAACGAUUCUGAUUUUCUCUCAUUCGUGCUAUAAUUAUAGGCCUAUACGUAUGUAAAACUUAUAAUAUAAAAUCCUAUAAUACGGUUACAUUUCUCUUCCGUUUUGCCCAACCCCCCCACCCAACCCCCCCUCUGUUGUUGUUGUUGUUGUUGUCGGAAACAAACAAUUCGUGAGCUAAUCCCGCUGAUUCUCUUCUUAAAACAAAAACAAAAAAAAAUUUACAAAAAUUCCUCCUGGAAAUUAAAACACUGUGUGCUCCUGAUGGCUGGGAUCAGCUGAUGGCUCCUGUGUGUGUAAUAAAUGUACAUGUCGAUAUAUAAUUAAUUCCCUCCCACCUCCCCCUGUCUGUGUGUGUGUGUGUGUGACUGGUCCGGCGGAAGAGCAAACACAAAAGAGAAUAAAAAUCGGUCAACUAGAAAAUGAAAGAAAAAUCACGGGGCGGGAAUUUUCGGAAAAUUCGACUGCGCAGUUUUUUCGGCUGCGUGAGCGCGCGCGUGUGUGUGUGUGUGAAUGUGUCCUGUGACUGUGUCGAAAAUUCGUUUUUUCUUUUCUGAUUUUUCGGAUAUUUGUGUGUGUGUGUCCUACUGAAUUCGUGUCAUCCCUUUUGCUCUCAUGCACCUCCUCCUGUUUGAUUUUUUCGGUUUUAAAAUUUCGGUCGGGAAAAAACAAGAAAUUUGUUCAAUUUGUUCAAUUUGUGUACGUGUAUGUUUCCCGUUCGGAUGUUUUUUCCCCCUCCCUCCCCUAUAAAACAAAUGGAUGAUUAUUGCCGUUAUUUAGUCGAUGAAUUGCACGUAUUGUACAACAGUUGGAUGAUGAUGACACGCCCUUUUAUAUAUAUAUAUGAUACAAAACGUAGCGCGCGCAGCCACACAGACGGUUUUUCUCUCUUUCUCUUUCUCUCCUUUCUCUUUUGAAUUCUUUCUGAAACUAUUAUUAUAUACAAUUUUGUGUUCCGUUUGUUUGUUUGUGUUUAUUCUUCAUUUGUAUUUUAAAAAAGCAGACAAAAAAGACAAGAAAAAUCAACAACUAUACAUCUAUAUGGGUUCCUGGUUCCUUUUUGAUGUGUAACAAAGUCAAAAGUAUCAGUUUGUAAUUGAGCAAUACAGCUUUGUUAUGUGCGUAAAGAA